AUGGACCAGUACUACAGCGGGUAUUGCAACAAAAUUCUCUGGCCACUCUUCCCUUACUUGGGGCUCCAGCAAGAGUACAAGAUCAAUAAGGCAAAAGACAUCAAGUCACAGUAUGAAAAGUAUACUCAAGCAAAUCAGAUGUUCGCAGAGACAGUGUGCAAAAUUUAUAAGGAAGGAGAUAUCAUAUGGUGCCAUGACUACCAUUUGAUGUGCCUUCCCAAGUUGCUGAAGCAGUAUAAUAUCAACAUGAAGGUAGGCUGGUUCCUGCACACGCCAUUUCCCUCAUCCGAGAUGUACCGUGCACUGCCGAACCGUGCGGACUUGUUGGAGGCGGUGCUUAAAGCUGACUUAGUGGGGUUUCAUGCGUAUGAUUAUGCAAGGCAUUUUGUGAGUGCUUGCAUUAGCCUGCUUGGGCUUGAGGGUUGCCUUGAGGGUAUUCAGUUUGACGGAAGGAUUGUCAAGGUGGAUGCUUUUCCGAUCGGGAUAGACGCUCAGCGUUUUACAAAAGCAUUGGAGGAUCCCAAAGUGAAAGACAAAAUUACCGAAUUCAAGAAACUUUUUGCUGGCCGAAAGGUAAUACUUGGUGUGGACCGGCUAGACAUGAUUAAAGGAUUCCUGCAAAAGUUGUUGGCCUUUGAGAAAUUUCUUGAGAAAAACGAGGAACUGGAUUCUGAAUACAAAGUGGUUCUACUGCAGAUUGCAGUGCCAACCAGAAGUGACGUACCCGAAUAUCGGAAGCUAGCAAGUCAAGUGCAUGAACUGGUUGCACGUGUAAAUGGUCGAUUCGGAACACUGAAAGCAACUCCUAUUCUACACCUGGAUCAAACCGUCGAUUUUGAUUCAUUGUGUGCUCUUUAUGCAAUCACUGAUGUAGCUCUGAUAACAUCACUGAGAGAUGGAAUGAAUCUUGUAAGCUAUGAAUAUGUUGCCUGUCAAGAAUCAAAUAAAGGUGUUCUGAUACUGAGUGAGUUUGCAGGGGCAGCGCAAUCUCUUGGGGCUGGUGCUAUUAUUGUAAACCCAUGGGAUAUCGUGGAAGUAGCAGACGCAAUAAAACGUGCUUUGGAUAUGCCAACUGAAGAAAGGGAGAAGAACCACAGGCAUAAUUAUGAUCUUGUGUCAAGACACAUCGCACAAGACUGGGCCGAAAACUAUGUCUGCGACCUACAUAAUGCAACUAGUAAAGCUCCGCUACCAGCAAUACACACUGCCGUCCUCCCUAUUGGAGAAGCAGCUGCACAAUAUGGAAAAUCCAACAAUCGUUUUCUCAUAUUGGGUUUCAAUGCAACAUUGACUGGUCAGGUCCAAUUUGUAGAGGGAAGGACUGACAUUGAACUCAAGUUGAACCCUGAGUUAAAGCAACCACUGAAAACACUUUGUGAUAAUGAGAAUACAACUGUCGUUGUUGUCAGUGGAUAUGGCAGAAGUAUUCUCGAUGAAAAUUUUGCAGAUUAUAAAUUGUGGUUAGCGGCAGAGAAUGGGAUGUUCUUACCGCAACCUGGUGAAGAAUGGAUAACCACGAGAUAUGAACAGGAGGAAAUCAGCUGGGCUGGCAGUAUAAAGAAAGUGUUUGAGUACUUCACCCAAAGAACCCCGAGGUCUAAUUUUGAACAGCGUGAAACAUCACUUGUUUGGAACUAUAAGUAUGCAGAUGUUCAGUUUGGGAGAAAUCAAGCGACAGAUCUGCUGCAGCAUUUGGGGGCAUAUUCAUUAUCAAAUCAAAGCGCUGUUAUCGUUCAAGGCAGUCGGUCAAUUGAAGUUCGUCCUACGGGAGUCACCAAGGGUAAAGCCGUUGAUGAAAUUAUUCGCGAGUUAGAUCUCAGAAAUAUCAUGGCUACUCCAAUCGACUAUGUCUUGUGCAUUGGUCAUUUCCUUGCAAAGGAUGAAGAUAUUUAUACCUUACCCAGCUUUGAUGUUCAACCUGGAGCGAAAAGAAAGGGAAAGGGGUGUCAAGCAGAGGAUUGCUCAAGCGUCAAGUUUGACCUCAACCAUAAGAACUAUUUCUCAUGCACCGUUGGUAGGGAACACUCUGUAGCACGGUACAAUCUCAAGGGAACAAGCGAAGUUGUGUCCCUACUACAGGAUCUUGCAGCAGCUGCUGCUCCAGGUAACAUGAGUCACCCACCAUAG